AUGACUCAGACAAGCCCUACGGACAAGACCCAAGGUGUCAUAGAUGUUGAAGCAUUGAAGAAAGAAAUUCGUGAGCAAAUUUUAUCCGAACUGAAGGAACAAAAACAAGAACAAAAGCCAGAGAGACCAAAGAGAAAACUUAGUGAAAAACAACUUGCUGCAUUAGCUGCUGGAAGACAAAAGAACCCACGUUUGCUGGCGAAGAAAGCUAGAGAAGAAGCUGAAGCAAAGAAAGAGUAA